AUGGUGAGUGAUUUUACGCAACCUUCAUCCCACCAAUCUACUAUGCUUAAUCGGAAUAGCAAUCGAACUCAUGAAGAUUUAGAUACAAACCCGUCUUUACACUUUCCCGUAAUCUCGUCAAAUUUUUAUCACAGACUACCUAAACUAGAUUUACAGACAUUUUCUGGGGAUAUUUUAGCAUGGCAAACUUUCUUGGAUUCAUUCCAAACAACAGUACACACAAACCCGUCUCUCACGAAUGUCCAAAGAUUCAGCUAUUUAAAAUCUCAACUCAUGAAGCAUGAAGCAGAGCAGUGUAUCGCAGGACUAGCCCUAACAAGUGCCAACUAUGAACAAGCCAUUUUAUUAUUGAAAGAACGCUUCGGACAAAAACAGCAUAUUAUUAAUGCAUACAUGCAAAACUUAUUGGAAUUGCCCAACCCAUCAUUGUCGCCUGCAAGUUUAAGAAAUUUCUACGACAAAAUGGAAACAAGUAUACGGGGACUAGAGUCACUAGGUCAAUCUCAAGAUAGGUUUGGAUCACUACUUGUACCGAUAAUCUUUAAUAAACUUCCAACUGAAAUGCGCAAAACUCUGACUCGAGAACACGGUAAAAACAGCUUGGAUAUAAAGUCACUAAGAGAAGCCAUAGGCAAAGAAGCAUAUGUGCAAGAAGCGGGACAUUUUAAAAUGUCUGACACUUUCACACCUACUGCAUCAUUCCAUACAGGUGCCACAUCAAGGUUUCAGACUUACAAACAAAAAAACACAGGAAAUCAGAACAAACCUCGUAAGGUUAAAACAUGUAUUUUUUGUCAAGAAUCACAUUCUGCAGGAGAGCGCACAAAAGUAUCUACACAUGAAAAACGUUAUGCCGGCUUUGUUUUAAUUGCUUUGGAAGCCACAGAGUUUCAAAUUAUACGCCAAAAUAUACAUGUCGUAAAUGCAACAGAAAACAUCAUACUAGCUUAUGUAACCAAAAUCAUCUCACAGAUAACCAAACAAACACAGCCGUAA